AUGUCUACGCCAGCCGCCCCGCCAACCGUAACCGCUGCGGAUCAAAAGCUCAUAAACAAGUUUGCCCGGCUUUACCAACAACACUUGCAACUGAAGGUGCGACAUAAUAAUUUUUGAAAUUUAAUAAAAUCGGCAAAUAGAAAACGUUUAUUGGCAGGUUCAUUUUUUUGAGAGCUACGUUUUUUUAAUCUUUCAGUUCCUAUUUCUUAGCUUCUUCGCAACAUUAAAAAUAGUUCUGAUCAUCAGGCGUGUGGAAGCCAAGGUUACAGAAAAGUUUGCGAGAUUUCUUUUCGUAGCUUUUUUUAUAGACGGUAAACAUGAAAAAGAUCUCUCAUAUCAUGUGCCUAUCAACAGAAAUAGGCAUAUUUGAAUAUUUUUAAAGUUAGUGUGACGAUGUCACGUUGAGAAUCCGGAAAACCAAUGAGAACGCAUGAUUAUCAAAGCAUCUCACAAAAAAUCAAUUUAAUUUUUAAUUUUUUUGGUUUUCGAAAAAAAAAAGAAAAAAAAUAAGUUCAGAAAAAGAAAAAUAAGUUCAGAUCUAAACUUGAGAAAUGGUUUGAAAACAACAUUACAGAACUAAAUACUUUUGAUCCAACAAAAAUAUGAAAGCUACAUAAUCGAAAUCUAAAAAAAUAACUUCAUGGUUGUUCCAAUUUACUCAAGUGGGGGGUUAACACGACCGCGAGUCCUCUUCCCUCCAUCACCAGAAGUUCCGACACAUAUGUUCCCAAACUCUCCCUACAUCUAUUUCGUGAAAUUUAGUACUUGUGUGUGAGAAAUAAAACAUUUUGAUUGAUUGAUUGAUGUAUUCAUUUUUUGGAAAAACAGUAUUAUUUUUCAUAUUCAUUACUUAGCCAAAAAAAAAAAUUAAAAGUCGUUUCAUCUUCUCGAAGUUUAAAGGGAGAAUGGCAGAACUGUUUCAGGAAUGUUAUGUUUGAUUUUAAGCUCGACAUCAAAGAAGCUGAAAAUCAAAUCGAGAACAUCAACGAGGCAUCGGACGAACUGUUGCUUCUGGACACGGACGACGCGGCGUCUGUUCCUCUCAGAAUCGGACAAUGUUUCAUCCACUUUGACAGUGUCCGUCUUUCUAAAAAAAUUUCCGUGUUUACCUACAAAUUUUCAGGAUUCCAUCACCGAACGCUUGGAAAAGAAUAAAAGCGUUGCUGAGGAAUCUUUAACGGGAAUGAAGGUCAAAAUUUAGCUGAAAUUAGGAGUUGAAAACAACUUUUUUUUCAGGAGAAAAAUUCCAAAAUACAAGAAGAAAUGGACAGUCUCAAGAAAGUUUUGUAUGGGAAGUUUGGCGAUCGAAUCAAUCUGGAGUCAGAACGAGAAGAAUGA